AUGACUGAAUGUAAGUAUUGCAAAAAGACGUUCAAUCACUCUGGCCAUCUCACCCGACAUAUCCGGACGCACACGCGAGAGAAGCCGUACGAGUGUAGUUACUGCAAGAAGCGUUUCUCCGACUCCAGCACGCUGACUGUGCACACCCGUAUACACACAGGUGAGCGGCCCUUCUCGUGCAAAUUCUGCAAAAAGACCUUCUCACGCUCGGACAGCCUUCGCGUGCAUGUCCGGACCCACACAGGGGAGAAAAAAUUUGAAUGUCAUCAUUGUCGCAAGACCUUCUCGCGGUCGGGCAACCUCACCGUCCACUUGCGCACCCACAUGUCACUUGGUGCCAAUGAUCCCUGUAAUAGUGGUACUAAUGGCACAUUUGAAUGUCCUCGCUGCAACAAGUCAUUUACCCAAGGGCACGAUCUUAACCGGCACCUGAAAACACAUCACAACCCUAGUGAGAGAGUCGACAAUCCUCUUUUCCAAGCCAUCUGCAAAACAGAGACGGCUGAUGCACGCUCUAAGCCUUCAUGCUGUGGUAACAACUUUCAGUCACGUCCUUACACAUCGGCUAAUGGAAAUCUCUGCUGUAAGCCCAAUAAUGUGGCCUUUGGUUUUGACCAGUGCAAUACGGGCAACAAACUAACCAACUACAUCAAUGGUCAACCAUUGGAUAAAUCCUGCAAUGGUGCAAUAGCUACAAACCUUGAAAGAAAUAAAGAUCUUCCCAUCCCAGUCAGUGGACAUCAUGGGAAUCAUCACUGCAACUUACAAACAAGUAAUGGGCAUUACCCUCAGUUAUUAGUUCAAAAUGAAAACAAACCAUUUGAUUGUCAUGGAUUUGAGAAAUCAAUAUCGCAUACUUGUCAGUUGCAGCGACAUCUCCAGAGGUCUUUGGAUGCUGGAGUUGACUCGGUGAUGGCCGCCCCAUCGUCUUGUGACAACCAGAACAUUCUAUAUAUGAACCCUAGCUUUCAUGGCCAUACAGGGGACAAAUCCAGACGCUGCACUCUGUGUGAGAAAUCUGUGUUUCACAUGUGUCAACUCAGUGGGGACAAUUAUUGCAUUCCGUUUUCCGGUUCGUACAACAGUCUCACAAAUGUAACAAAUAUCCCUGCAAACCCCAUGUGUUCGAGUUCAACGGACUUUAACAGGAACCAGGCCUGCACUUAUAUUGAUAGCCGGUCACUUUCUACACAGCAGCACUUUGGUUGCAAUCAUUGUAAAAACCCAAACCACACAAGCAACCUAACCGAUGUAAAGCCAACAUCAUUUGGUAAUCAGAUAUACAUCAAGCCAGAUUUAAGUUCAAACUCUAGUACUGACCCAAUGCACAAUUCUUGUGCUUAUCUAAAUGGUAAAUCAUACCAUGGAGAAUCACAGUUUGGCUGUGAGAAUUGCAAAACCACUAACCAUCCGAAAGAUGAUAAAAACACAUUGGCAUCAUCAAGUGCAUCAAGCAGCCAAAGUGAAAAUGAUAAAAAGCCUUGUCCAACCAACUCCUCAAACCCUCUCCAAAAUCAAUCUUGCUCCUUCUCCGGAAGUAAUCACCUGCACAUGAAGGACCAGCUCUUUGGUUGUAAACAAUGUGAUGUGAGGGGAUUUGGCCAACCUUUUUCUAUGAACUACAAUGGUCAACAUGAGUUGGACAUCAAGCCAAACUUAUCCAUUGGAAAUCUUGACUCUAAUCUACAAACAAACCAUUAUUAUAGCAACAUGAGGACUAACACUUCAGAGAAACAACUUGGUUGUCUUAAACCUUAUGGCCAGAACUCCACAGAUCGAAAGACAGAUGUGUCUGGCUCAAAUGUUGCUCAUCCUUCUAAUUCUUUCUUCGGUUUGCUACAGUCUCUUCCUGAGCCAGACGUUUUUGAAUGUGAUAAUAAUGCUGAAAAGCCAUUUGUACCACUUGGCGGGUUCCUCAACCCACAGGCAUCCUCCCAAAAAUCCUGCCUUUUCUCCUCCAUAACUUGCAACAACCCUGAGAUGCUUGAUAUAAAGCCUAACAUAACGUCACUCCAUGACCAUUAUCACCAGGCGCUUACUCAUUUUAGCCAACCAGAUGCAUUUUCUAAGUCCGAUUUCUCAACUUGUUUCAGUACAGCCCAAUCAACACUGGAGCCCAAUCUCUAUGAUGCAAACAGUGCUGGUAUGGGUGGAAAUGUUAACAUGGGUGGGGUCACUAGUGGUGCAGCAGGGAUGUGCAUGAAAUCUGAGCCUUUCUUUUGCUCGUCAGGUGAUACCCAAACACAACCAUUUUCAUACCACUCGCUUGACCAACCUGACAUUAAGCCAGAUUUAUCUUUGCUAUGGUUUUGA